AGAAGUGCCGCAAAAGGGUAGCGAGCAACAGGAGAGAGGGACCAAUCGGAGCAUCCAUCCAAUCCGGCGCCGGCCGCUCGCCGUUCAUCCUCCGUUGCAUAAAACCCCGUGCCCCUCCUUUGCCGGCUCAGUCGUUCAUCCUCCUCCAUCCUAGCCCCGCCCCAUUCUCUGUUCUGCUCGGCUCAGCCUCCAUCGUGUGCUGCCGUUUCAGUUCAGACAGCCUCGAUUGGCGGGCGCGGAGGAAGCGGAGGAAGGCAGGGCUGGAUGCCGUGGGCGGGCACGGUCGUGCGGCUGCUGGUGUUCUUCCGCGUCAUCCUGUGAUGAUCUAGCGAUCGCCUGGUCUGGAGCCCGGGCCCGAGGAGCCCAUGUGCAUUGGGUUCAAGUUCAAUUCAACUGGAGGAGCCUUGGCGCCGUCGCGUGCGACUACGGAUUGAUGCAAGCUUGCCAGAUCAGCGCCGCCCUCUCGUCAAGAACGCAUCGGCAGUUCAGGUUCCCUCCCGCUGCAUUGCUCGGUUUUUCAGAUGCCUUCCGCGUUGCCUGUAAGCAUCGAAUCAUCGUCGCCUGUUCUUAUGCCGAAUACUUCCGCCAGCUUCUGAAGCCCGUGACGUAUGUUCGACCAUCAGUUCCUUCCUCAUUCUCCUUCCAAAAAACCUCAACCUCAAACCAAACUAACCAAAACAAUUUUGAAUCCGGCCACAACAAAAAACCAGCUCCCAAGUCCAGUUAACGAAAUUCCCUCGAAUUCUUGUUCAAUUUCAUUCCACCCAUGAGCUUAAAAUCUUCCCAAAUUUCCAACACAAACACAACCGGCGGCCCGAUGCAGGGAGAUCCCGGGUACGGGUACGGUGGCUACGGGUACGGGUACGGCGCCGGCGCCGGCGCCGGUGGCUAUGACUACGACAUGGCCAGCUACGGAGGUGGAGGCGGCGCGUACUACUCAGCGAACGACCGGUAUCCCGCCGCGCCAGCUGCCAAUGAGGACCCGGUCGCCGGUCGGAGGCAGCACGACUUCCCGGCGCCACUGACGGGGCUGGAGGUCCAGCCGUCGGACACCUGCCCCAAGAACUACGUCAUCUUCGACCAGACGUACGACCGGAGCCGGGUGAUGUUCCACCCCUCGCUGGUCCCCAACAACUUCGGCUCCUCCGGAGGCGGGUACGACUACGACUACGACAACCGCUGCUACGGCUACGAUCAGAACUACGCCGGCAAGAGCGCCUAUUACGGCUGCGGCGACGACGGCGGCGCUGCCUCGAUUCGGCAGAAGGAGGACACGGACGAAAUCGACGCGCUGAUGAGCACGGAGGACGGCGAGGACGAGGACGACGUGCGCAGCACGGGGCGCACCCCGGGGUGCCGCGCCGGGGGAUCCCCGGACUCCACGUGCUCGUCCGCCGGUUGCGGGGCCAGCAAGCACGAGGCUGGCGGCGAGAAGAAGGAGCGGAUGAAGAAGAUGGUGCGGACGCUCAAGGGGAUCGUCCCCGGCGGCGACCGGAUGGACACGCCGGCGGUCCUUGACGAGGCCGUCAGGUACCUCAAGUCCCUCAAGGUGGAGGUCAAGAAGCUCGGCGCGCGCGGGUCAAGCGGUUAGCUAGCCACCAGCUGGCAUCGGCAUUCGGCGGCGAGCGCAGUGGCCGGCGGUCGAUGAUGACAAGAACAUGCUCUCGUCAUGGCAUCAGAUGCCACGAACCAGUAGCUGGUGCGUGCUCUGUUUGCACUGGCAGGAUCCGAAUUCAGAAUGCGAUGGCAUGGGAUGGGAGCGAGCUCAGUUGCCGCGCGCGUUCGCGCUUUAUUUUGUCA